AUGGCUUCCACAUCAAAUAAAGGGGUCGACCCCCUGGCAGCUUCCAACAGCCACAUCAUCUACAAGUUUUUUCCCCACUUGACCUUCCAGGAGAAGCUCGCGGGGAAAGUGGUUUCCAAAACCGCCGACCAGGUUUCGCUGAAGAAAGGGGAAGUGGUUAUCUUCUACUUCUCCGCCCACUGGUGUCCGCCCUGCCGGCAGUUUACCCCCCUGGUCGCCCAGUUCUCCCAGAAGUUUCCGCCGGGCACGGUCAGGAUCGUGUUUGUUUCGCGGGACAAAUCGGACCAGGAAUUUCAGCAGUAUUUCGGACAGGAAAUGCCGCACGAUUGGCUCGCGGUCGAUUUUGCAAAGGCAGGGCUCCGCGACCAGAUGUGCAUCAAAUACGGCGUGCAGGGGAUUCCCAGCAUCCAUCUCAUCUCCAACUACGAUGAUGCGGGGAGUUGCCUAGCCGGGCUCCGGGAGGACGUGAUCCGGUAUGCGCAGUCGGUGGACCAGAACUCCUCGGGUGGGAGUUUACAAUUGGAGAACCAAGUGGUCAAGAAGUACUUACAGUCCACGCUGGAAACCUGCGCCCUCGCCGGGUCCCGCCCUCUGCCCCUGGAUUCUUUUAUCACGAGAAAAAAGUGUUACAGUUACACACUCGCUGUCAUUUUAGCAACACAAAUUUUCUCCGCAUGAGAAAGAGAACUUGGAAUGCAAAGAUCAUAAGGGAAAACACGUAUGAAACGAGGCUCAAAAGCAUUUCUGGCAUGACAGAGGUUGUCUGUCAUACUGGGCCUGCAACACCAUGUGUAACUGUAACACUUUUUUCUUGCGAUAUCUUUCUGCAAGAUUUUAUUCCUCGAGGCCCGGCAGGAGCUGAACGGGAAGCUUGCCAAGGUGCGAGGGUACAACUACAAGGGGCAGGAUGUUCGGGUCUUAGUGGAAAUCAUCGAGCUCACGGAAGAGAACAAUCUCAGCGCUGCUGCAAAUCAACCUUUGACCGCGUUGAGACGGAGGAACUUGUUUCCGGUAACCAUACCGACAAAUGAGCCCGAUUAUACUGAGUCGGCCACGAAAGUCGAACACUUUUCGUGGCACUCCUCAGAGGUGUAUGCAUUGCAAAAAUGUCUGGGUCUGGAACUUUGCUCGACUUGUCAUGCAGGUUUUCCAUGACCCAUAUGAUCUGUAAUGGAGGACCUAGCAUGACAGAUUCCGUGAGAUCACUAUCAUGCCUAUCUUGCAUGAGAAACUGCCUCUCAACUUGAUCAAAAGUGGGCAGCAUUUGGUAAUCAUGCAACACAGAUUUUUGCGCGAUUCAGAUUUAGCAUGACAAGUUCCAACCUUCCAGACCCAGACAUUUUUGCAGUGCAUAAGGUGGCGCAGCCGGUCGACGCGGAACGGGAAACGGGGUAUCAAAUGUAAAAAUGUCUGCGUCUGGAAACUUGUGAUGCUGUGUGGCAUUUCAUGAGGAGGCAACAAUUGCUGGCUCAACAUGACAAGUUUCUGAGCUUCUAGGUGUUGCCUAUUCUGCAUGACAAACUACGUUUCUGCAUGACAGAAAAGUGGGGCUCUUUGUUAACGUGCAUGACAGAUUUAAGAGUCAUGCCAGACAAGCAUGACAAACUUGAAUUCUUCCAGACCCAGACAUUUUUACAUUUGAUACGGGGUACGUGAAAGCAAAAACGAAGGAGUUUUUGCUACCCUCGCAAAUAUAUCCGGUGAAAUAAAUAAAAGUGUCGUACAACUACUCGUGGUACUUGUAGUUUUUGCAGUCUGAGUCUGGCAACAGAUGCGCCUUCUUACUUGAAUUUGCGUCACAGUUCUUAUGUCUCCGAAAAAGAAUUGAAAUUUAGCAUGCAAAAAUUACGCGUAGUAGUAUGUACAAUGGUUUAUUCCGUUUUCCGCUGCAUAAGAUCAAGUGGCCGAAGGGCACGCCGGUGGUGAUACAGAACCUGCAGGCGAAGCCGUUUUUGAACGGUUGUUUUGGGGUGAUAGCGAGUGAAGACGGGGUGAACGAGGAAAAUCGGUACAGCGUAAAACUAUCGCACCGAGAAACCUUGAUGCUGAAACCCGAAAAAAUUUGGGUUUGAUGAAAAGAAAAUAAACGAACAACAAACACACACACUUUAUACUAACCGUAAACUAGAAUUGCAAUCGAUUUGAGACCACGUGGUCUACGCCCUCACUUCUUGCUGGAGUGGCCGCCGUUGUUGAAAAAACCCACAGUGGUUUGCUUAGCUGCAUAUUGGUAUUUUUG